AUGUUUUGGACUGCCGCUGCGUGCCCUUGUUUCAUUGGCCAAGAGUGGGAUCCAGCGACAAAUCGUCUGCGAGGGGCGGCACCCUUCAAAGAUCCCUGCCAGUGCACCUCUGUUGAACUGGGCGGAGUCAACGUGAUUCGUCCCCAACGACCGUUUCGUGUGUCGUACUUCGAUGCACCACUUCAGCUGCCUGAGAUUAGGAUGCGACUCAAUUGCAGUGUUUACGCUUGCUCUGAGGAGGGGCCUCUCGGCAUGGAGGACGGGCGCAUCGCAGAUGACCACAUCACAGCGUCGUCUUAUUAUCGAAAUAUGGCGAACCAUGGACCUACCAGAUCGCGCCUCAAUACCCAGGGGUAUGCAUCUGCGUGGUGCAACGACGAACAAACUGACCCGGAUCAUCCCUGGAUUCAGGUCAAGUUCGACUCCGAGGUCUACGUCACAGGACUGGUCACCCAAGCCCGAGGUGGUGACAGUAAUAACGGACAUCACCAGCGAGUCACGCGUUACAGAGUGACACACAGCCGUGACGGUCGGUCCUGGGAUCACGUGACUGGCGCUGAUUUCAAGUCCGAGGAGUUCCCUGGUAACGUCAACGAAGGCCACGACGAUCAGGUGACAGCUCGAUUUGGAACGGUCUUGCGCACUAGGUUUCUGCGCAUUCAGCCAACCGACUGGAACUACCACUGCAGUAUGCGCUUUGAAGUGUUGGGGUGCUAUGAAAAUACACACGUCACUUUCUGA